AUGCCUCUAGCCGAGAUUGAGAGUGAAGGCCACUGGUUUAAAUUUGAGACUAAGAUCAGGAAGAUUAUUAAAGACUUGAUCGAUCCUAUAAAUCAUCAGCUUAAUAAGGAUAAGGCAGAUCGUGAAGCUCUCUUCUCUGCCAUUUCUAAAGUCGAAGACAAAUUUACAAAUCUAUCAGAGAUGCAAAUGGCGAUUCAUAAAAACAAGGAGAAUAUGUCCUACCUCCGUCAAGAAAUGAGGGAGCUAAAGGAUCAUAACAGGAUGAAGGAUACUACGAACAGUCAGGAGUUCACUAAGCUAAACUUCUUUUGUACUGAAAAUAGGGAGAAGAUUAAGCUAAUUCAGGCAGAGAUUGGGCAUUAUAAUACAGUUAUGAACCAUUCGAAGGAGGAAAUUAAAUAAGAUUCAUAAGUUUUGAGUAAACUUCAGAGACACUGUCAGUGCUAAAUGUGAUAACCUUGAAAAUGAUAUCUUAUCUGUUAAUAGUAAUGUUAAGUACCAAAUUUCUACUUUGGAAUCCAAAGUUGAGAUGAAUCAGCAGACUGAAAGUGGGAAUAAGAAAGUUUUGAACGAUUUUGGUAUAAAUCUUGAAAUUGCCAAGGCAAGGCUUGAAGAAGUCAAUCUAUCUCUGGAAGAUUUAUGAUCUACUAAAGUUGAUUAUUCUGAUUAUGAAUCAUUAAAGAUCCGAAUUGAACGAGAUUAUAGGAUACUUCAGAGAUAUACAAUUGAUCUCAAUGAGGAUAUCCGCCGUACUAGCAAUUACAUUGAUAAGCAGAUUCCACUUGAGCUAAUUCAUAAAUUUGGAGAGAUUUUGGACUACCUUACUCCCAGCAAUGGGGCUAAGCUUAAACUACAGCAAAUUAUUCAGCAAAACUUGAAUAUAUUAAAAGUAAAAUUUAUGAACGAUAAAGGAAGACCAGACAACGAUCUCCAAUUAUCAGAAGUGUUGGAUUCCAAUUUCCUUUGGGCUCCUCUAUUCAAUUCUGAGAAGGACCAAGAAUCAGAAACUGAAGAAAGCGAAUCUAGCUCUUCUAGUAAUUCUGGACUAGUUGAAAAGACUAAAGAAAAUCAUGCUCAACAGAAUAUAGCUGAAGACAGUAAACAAGAAUUAAAAGAUAAACUAAAAAUUGAAAAAGAUGAACCAAUAUUGGAUAAACAAGAGAACAUUAAUAAUAAAGAAAUUCAAAAACUAUCGAUUGAAGAUACCAAAAAGGAACCUCCAAGUGGCCUAAAAAUUGAGAAAGAUAGCCCUACUGGUAGUAAAAAUGUGGACGUCCAAACACUAAGAAGCAAGAUACAAGCAUUUCCAACUGGAGAUCCUAUUCUUCCUCUGCCUAGGAAUAGCGAUGAGAAGAGUAAGAAUCGUAAUCAGGAGAAUUUAUCAGAAAUUAAGAUAUUAUCUCAAAAUUUGAUACAGGAGGAUCAGGUAAAAACUGAGAAUUUGCAAGGAAUUGAUUGUCAAUCUCCAACAAAGUUAGAGAAUCCGAACCCUGAGGAAAAGGUCAUCACUCCUGAGAAGCAACCCGAGCUAGAUAAUAGCUCUCUUGUUGAGAAAAUCGCACCUCAAAAUCAGAAAGAUUUAGAGGAGGAAAAUGAAACUCAAGCUGUUGACCCAGCCAAGAAUCAAAGAAACGAGUUAUUCCAGAACGAUAAAAUUAAGAAAGGAUUCAAGAAAUUAAAAUAAUGCAUCGUUAGCAAUUGGAAAACUUAAAAACUUCAAGAGAAGAGCUGGGAUUUCAAAACCUCAAGGGAAUAUUACAACCACACAGGAAGGAAGAAUUACUCCAGAGAUGCUAAACUCAAUGGUAGGGAAGAUACCUGCAGAAAAGAUUGAUAUCAUCUCGUUGUUACGCUGACUACCCCCUAUUCCAAGUCAGCAGGAGAUCAGCUUGAAUUUGAUGCAAUUUUGGACCAAAAAUUCAUCAAAGCUAACUUCGAAGAUAUCUUCAGAAUAUAAAACUCAACUAAACUCUAAGAUUAAGAAGCUUUCGUUGUCCCUAAACUCAAGAAUAGAAACUAUGGAGCAGAAUUUACUUCUGAAAAUACAAGAAUUUAGCAGAAAACUGGAAAAUUCUCUAGAAACACUUCAGUUUGAACAAGAGCAGAUUAAUGACAAUAAUUUGAGGAUUGAAUCUGAGAUAUCGCUUACUUCGAUCAAGCUCAAAUCUGAGAUUUCCUGAGCGAUGAGGAACCUUACUCUUCAAAUAGACAACUGAAAGAGAGGAACUGAAAGAAACAAUGAGAUUUAUGACAAAUUUAAUCAUGCUAUUAAGGUCUUUUUGCAAGUUUUGAAGAUCAAGAGUUGUCUUGAUGAGCAAGAUGAGCUUGACAGGAAUUCACUUGCCCUAUGGGGAGCCCAUCAAAAGCAGUCUGCUAAGGCUAGAAAUAAAGAUUUGGAUGAAAAGAGCCUAUCUGAAGAAGUUUUAGAUCCGUCUCAGGUGAAAACAUCACUUAAAAAUGAUCCUUAUGGGGCUUAUAAUUUAGUAAAACUUGAGAGGGAAUGAGUUUCUUGAACUAACCAGAGUCCGAUAAUUUUAUCUGCUUUCAAAAUGGCUUGUCUUGCAUAUAUUCCUAGUAAGGUAAGAUACAACCAAAAAGAGUAUGAGAGAAAAGAAUUAUUUUAGAAAAUUUGAGAUUUAACUUCAAAAGCUGAUAGUAUUUACAAUAAAAUCCCAUGGGUGAAGGAAAAUAUUCUUAAACCACCAAAUUCAACAGAGCCAUGCAGAAGGGAUAUCUUAUCAAUUCCAAGGAGUUCAUCGGACUUUAAAAAUAUCAUUAAUCUUGAUCCAAAAUUUGAGGAUUCUAGAGGUUGAAACAGCAAGCACUCCAUCGUCGUCCCUGAUUCAUACAAAGGAAAAUUCAGGAAGGCAAAGCGAUCUCGAAAUCUGAAGACCUCAGAAUUUUGUCUUACAAAUGAACAGAACAUUACUGGGUUGACUCUCGAUUCAAAUCCGUCAAGCGGGUUUUACUCGACAAUGUAUGCUAAGAAGCGGAGGCAUAGAAGUACUAUUCGAGCCCCUAAAAUAAAUAUAAGCUAAAUUCAAUC